CGGGAAGUGCAUCCUGGGAAAUCCACCAACAUGGGGCGAAGUCGCCACCGCCGCUGUGAGUCUGGCCCGCGGAUGCUGCCGCUUCCCUGACGCCCAGCUGGGGCCUCGCCGCACGUCGUGGCCCAAGAUUCCCAGGCACAGACUGGCCAGCGCGCCCUCUGCCUACCCGCCCGCCGCAGGCCGGGGCCAUGUGAGGGGGGCAGCUCCCUCCGCCACCGCCUCCUCCUCCUCUUCCUCCCCCGCCCCUCCCCCCUCCCGUCCCCCCUUCACAUAGGGCCUUAGAGGAUCCCCCAGUGCUGCCCACCCUCCCUGCGCAAUCCCUGCGAUGGACAGGAACUACGCGACCUCCGGCUUUGCAGACCAGCCGCCGCCGCCCGCGCCCCACACUGCCCCGGCCGCAGCUACCGCCGCCAGCGCAGCCGCACAACCCCCUGCCCCCGCCUGGGCCUACGAACCCGGAGCCGCGGCCGCAGCCGCCAGUAGCAGCGGUAGCAGCGGCAGCAGCCCCAGCCUCAAGGCCAGUUUAAGCUAUGAAGAAGGACAUCCCUCAAUCUCUGAAACAAAUCUCCUUCAGAGACAGACUUUUGCAGCCUCUCAUCAGCUUCCUGGAUAUUCUACCACACCUCAGCCAACCGGUCUUUCUGGAAUAUUUGAUACUGGUGUGAACAGUGCCAGCACUAACACUAAGGAAUCUUCAGUAAUGAACUUUCUCUCUUCUGUUGAAUCUCGAACAGCUCAGGCUGCUUCUUCAGGAACUACUCUUUUACCACAAUUCAGGGCUCCAUCCUGGCAGACAGGUAUGCAUUCCUCAGCAGCAACUGAGCUGUUUGUUACUGGACCUUUGCCAACCACUGGAACACUUCCACCUUCUGCCCUCUCUGCUUAUCAGCAUCCCACCACUUUCAGCAAUAGGAACUUUGCUACCACCUCACCUUUGGUGCUUCAGGAUUCAACUUUUAACACUACAUCAAAUGGAAUUUUAAAUCCUCAUGACCCUUUGCUACAAAUCAAAACUUCCCAGGGAACUGUUCCAACUGCUUUGGCAUUUGAGCGCCUGGGCAGUUCUGUAUUAAGUAACAGCAUACCACCUCAGUCCUCAACAUAUCGCUCUGCACAAGAGUCCGCACCCCAUCUUUUACAACCUCAGUUCAGUUUGUUGCCUUCAGCACUUGGGGGAACCCAGCAAACUCCUCAAGCCUACAGUUCAACUCUCUUUACUAAUUCUACUGCUUCCAUUGAAAGAGCUCUUCUUCGAGAAUGUAGUGUUAUUAAACACCAUCAGCGGCCUUCAGGUACCCAGUCUAUUCAGGCACAACUGACUGGUUCACAGCAUUCCUUACAUAGUUAUCUAUCAAACUCAAGUGUAGUUAAUUUUCAGGAAACAAGCAGGCAGUCAUCUUUAUCUUGUAGCCCAAUAGGAGAGCCCACUCAGGUGAGCAAUGGAGAAUUGCAGCAGAAGAGCUCCCAGGUCUCAGUGGAACUUGCUCAGUCUUAUUCAUCUGCAAUUCCAUCAUCAGGGUAUCCUCCUUCCACUACAAAAGUAAAAAGCUGUUCUACAAAACAACCACUCACAUCAACUAAGACCCCAAAACCUCAAAGUAUAAUUCCUCCUGUGCAAACACUAAGCUAUUCCAAACCUUUACACAACCAGAGUUCUGUAAUAUCAGGCCAAGCACAAAUUUAUUCUACAGCGCAACUACCAAGCCUUUUAUCAGUUAGUCAGUCCCAAAAUUAUGGUUUAGUACAGCCACAUAAUGUGCCAUCUAUUGUUCAUUCACAGGUUUAUAGGUCCAGCAAAGUUGAAAAGUUGCCAUCCUUAUAUAAAACAUUGACUUUUUCUGGCUCGUCUCAGACUAUAACUUCUGAAAAUCAGACACUUGAUUAUUCUUCUAAUCAGCAAGAGGUAUUAUCUUCAGUUACAAAUGAGAAUUACCCUGCUCAAACAAGAGAUCUGUCUUCAGUUAGCCAGUCUCAAAGCUACUCAUCUGGUCAUUCUCAGGGUUUGUCACCAGUUAGCCAGACACAGGUUAAUUAUUCAUCUCAAUCACAAGUUUUGUCAGUUGUUAGUCCUUCAGAAAACUAUGCAUCAGGGCAGUCCCUAACAUUAACAGCUCCUUCUCUUUCUUAUUCUUCUGCCUCUCGAGCUCAGAGUUUGCCAGAUUCUAGCACAACCCAGAAUUAUAUUUCUAUGCAUUCUUCCCAAAAUGCUCAGGCUCAAGGAUCAUCAUCUCCCCAGUCCCAAAAGUUUUUGCCUGCUAUCCAAUCAUCUUUUACAUCCUCUACUCAUUGUCAGACAUUACAAAAUAACAUACCUUCCCCUGAUCCAAAAUCUUACGCUGAAAGAAAACUUGACUCAAGUGUGUAUGCGUCCUCAAAACAAGAAGGUGAUUUUCCAAUGCAAGAGUUACAGGUGUUACAGCCACAGGUAUCUCUUGAGUCAUCAACCCAAAGGCUAUCUGAUGGGGAGAUUAAUGUUCCAGAAUCAGCUUACAAGGUGUCAAAGGCAGAUGAAAGAUAUCCUCAGAGUGUUAUCAGAAGUAAUUCCCAUCUUGAAGACCAAGUUGUUGGGCUUGCUCUACAAGGUUCAAAAAAAGAAGAAAGUAUGGUUGGUUCAGUGACACAACUUAACCAACAAAUUGGCCAAGUCAAUAAUACAGCAACCAUUGAUAUUAAAAAAGCAACUGAAUUAAUGCAAACUCCACAAAUAAGGUUGAAUACUAAAGACCUAAACCAGCAGCACCCUCUUAUACAUAAAGUUCAUGAAGCCAAGGUUCAGGAGCAGCAUGAUCAAAUUAUUAAUGCCUCAUCUCAGAUUCAAAUUCCAAACCAUGCUUUAGGGCAUGGCCAUCAGCCAUCUCUUCCUAAUACACAGAUCCUUCUAGAUUCUGCCUGUGAUUUACAAAUUCUUCAACAAUCAAUACUUCAGGCAGGUUUAGGACAAGUGAAGGCACCUCUACAUGCACAGAGAGUUCCAAGUCCUCAACAAAUAGUACAUCCUUUUCUUCAAAUGGAUGGUUCUAUUAUUCAGAGCAAUGGUGAUCAUUCUCAGCAGCAACUCCAUGCUCAAAAUUCUGAAAUUAUGAAAAUGGAUCUCUCUGAGUCUUCAAAAUCUUUACAACAACAUCUAACAACAAAGGACCACUUUAGUGAAGCAAAUCAACAUGAUUCAAAGAAUCAUUUUGUUUCCCUUGGAUCAAUAUGUUUCCCAGAGGCAAUGCUGCUCACUGAUGAAAGAAAUAUUUUAUCAAAUGUAGAUGAUAUCUUGGCAGCUACAGCUGCAGCUUGUGGGGUUACACCUUCUGAUUUUUCCAAAUCAACGUCAAACGAAACCAUUCCGACUGUUGAAAAUGGUGAUUCUAAAUCUCAUUUUCAGCAAUCAUUAGAUGUUGGGCAUGUGAGUUCAGAUUUUAACUCUCUAACAGCUACAGUAGGAAAGCCACAGAAUUUAAAUGAUAUUGCCCUAAAUGGAAGUCAAGUUACGGUAAAUCUUUCACCAGUACCUACCCUUCAGUCAAAAAUGACUCUUGAUCAACAGCAUGUUGAAACACCUGGUCAAAAUAAAGCACCUAAACUCACUUCACCAGUGGCUGGACCAAAUCAUGAGGUCCAUGAACAAAGUUCUGGCCCAUUCAAGAAACAGUCUGCUACCAAUCAUGAAUCUGAAGAAGAUUGUGAAGUUCCUAUUGAUAGUUCAGUAAAUAAUAACAGAAACCAAGAAUUUGUUUCUAGUAGUAGAAGUAUAAGCGGAGAAAGUGCUACAUCGGAGAGCGAAUUCACCUUAGCGGGAGAUGACAGUGGUGUGUCAGUGAACCCAACCAGGAGUGCACUUGCACUGUUGGCCAUGGCCCAACCUGGUGAGGCAAUCAGUGUCAAGAUUGAAGAAGAACACCAAGAUUUAAUGCAUUUUAACCUUCAGAAGAAAAAAACUAAAGGGAAAGGGCAAACUAAAGAGGAAGACAGCAGUAAUCAGAAACAGCUGAAAAGACCUGCCCAAGGGAAACGCCAGAACCCAAGGGGAACAGAUACAUAUUUGCCAUAUACUCCUCCCUCCGAAGGCUGCCAUGAUGUUUAUCAGCAUCAGGAAAAAAUGAGACAGAAGAUCAAAGAAGUAGAGGAAAAACAGCCAGAAGUCAAAACAGGAUUUAUUGCCUCUUUCUUAGAUUUUCUGAAAUCAGGGCCCAAGCAGCAGUUUUCUACUCUUGCUGUUCGAAUGCCUAACAGGACUAGACGACCCGGGACCCAGAUUGUGCGUACAUUUUGUCCCCCACCAUUUCCAAAGACUUCCUCUACGACACCCACACCCACACCCACACCCAUACCAACACCCACACCGUUAGUGUCUGACACUGGGUCGAACAGUCCAUCAGAAAAAGUUAGGGAACUUAAAAACUUAGAGCAUUUAUCUUCGUUUUCUUCUGAUGAAGAUGAUCCUGGAGUAUCCAGUCAUGAUACUCAUAAAAGCACCUCUACUACCUUAACUACUUUGGAUGCUACUUCUGAUAAAAAAAAGAAACCAGUUUCAGAAGUCGUACAGGUGGCAACUACUAGCCUGAUUGCCAAUACUACUGGCACUGCUGCUACUUCCUCCACCACUGUGGGUACAACUUCAUCGGCAGUAAAUAUCCUGGAAAAUAAAAGCUCUACAGAACUCCCAAAACCCAUCGAACUUGAUGGUCUUCCUUCAAACCAAUGUGCAAAAGGACAGGACACUGUUGCCAUAGAAGGUUUUACAGAUGAUGAGAACAUAGAAAGUGGAGGAGAAGGCCAAUACAGAGAACGCGAUGAGUUUGUGUUAAAGAUAGAAGACAUAGAGACUUUUAAGGAGGCUUUAAAAACAGGAAGAGAACCCCCAGCUAUUUGGAAAGUACAAAAAGCUUUAUUACAGAAGUUUGUUCCUGAAAUUCGAGAUGGGCAAAGAGAAUUUGCUGCUACAAAUAGUUACCUUGGAUAUUUUGGAGACGCGAAGAGUAAAUACAAAAGGAUAUAUGUGAAGUUCAUUGAAAACACAAACAAAAAGGAGUAUGUCAGAGUGUGUUCCAAAAAGCCAAGAAGUAAGCCUUCGCAGACUAUCAGAACUGUUCAGGCUAAGCCUAGUAAUAGCAGUAAAACUUCUGAUCCUCCAACACCAAAAACUACAACUACAAAAGCCCCUUCCAUAAAACCCAAAGGUAAACAGCUAAAAGUAAAGGCUGAGCCACCACCAAAGAAACGGAAGAAAUGGAAAGAAGAAUUUUCAUCAUCCCAAUCUGAGUCAUCUCCUGAAAUCCAUUCUAAUAGUGAUGAUGAGGAAUUUGAUCCUCCAGCUCCUUUUGUCACUCGUUUUUUGAACACAAGAGCAAUGAAGGAAACCUUUAAGAGUUACAUGGAAUUGCUUGUUAGCAUUGCCUUGGACCCUGACACAAUGCAAGCCUUAGAGAAGAGCAAUGAUGAGCUACUUUUGCCUCAUAUGAAAAAAAUAGAUAGCAUGCUGAAUGAUAACCGAAAGAGACUUCUUUUGAAUCUUCAUUUGGAUCAGCCAUUCAAGAAUGCUUUGGAAAGUUUUCCUGAACUAACAAUAAUUAAUCGAGACUCUAAAGCAAAAAGUGGGGGAUCUGCUAUUUCUAAAAUAAAAAUGAAUGGCAAAGCUUAUAAUAAGAAAACUCUAAGGACUUCUAAAACAACCACUAAAUCUGCACAAGAGUUUGCUGUUGAUCCAGAGAAAAUACAGUUAUAUUCUUUGUAUCAUUCACUCCAUCAUUAUAAGUACCACGUUUACCUGAUAUGUAAAGAUGAGAUCUCCUCUGUGCAGAAAAAAAAUGAAGAUUUAGGACAGGAAGAAAUUGUUCAACUUUGUAUGAAAAAUGUAAAAUGGGUAGAAGACCUAUUUGAAAAGUUUGGAGAACUUCUAAAUCAUGUACAGCAGAAAUGUUCCUAACAUUUCCACGAAAAUUCCGUCUAUUUUAUAGCACUAAAGAAAUGGUGGAGGGUCUAGGGCCUCAGAUAAUCAAACGUCAAGCAGUGGCCUUCUGCAGGCACACCUGCUUUGACCUUGGAACUUGCUUACUUGACCUCUGCUGAAGGACAGUGGUGCUGCCAAGGAAGUCAGUCCUUCGGAAAUGGACCUACAUCCCACCACAUUUUUAUCCUAAUGAAUGAUUUUUCUAUUUUGUAAUCCAUUGGGUAACUGAGUUUUAUUUUCACAAAUGUUUUUUGACAAAUGAUGAAGCAUGCACUAAAUAUAAUUUUUCUUAAUUACUAGAGAGAUAACACUUAAGUAGCUUGAUUAUUUUUUCCUGACUCUGACUAAACACCAGAAUGAAAGAAAGGUGGCAGAAAUCAUGUUUGUGUUCAUGUCUGGCCACAAAAUGGAAAGUAUUGUACAAUAUGUAAACAGAUCUGGUGUGCUGUGACAUUCUAUAUCAUCAAUUUAAAAUAUAAAAUUCAGAAACUGCAUUCUGCUUUAUGAACUCCUUUUACUCUUAACAUGUUCAGGAAACUGGAUAUGGAAUUGGUGCAAUUCUAUAACUGCUUUUUGUGUCAAAUUAUAUUGUGAUGAAAGAAACAAUGACAUACUAUUUUCCCUAUCUGAAAGAAAAGUAUUUUCCUUUAUACUGUUUUUCCUUUGGAAAAUUUUUCAAUUGUACAUUUUAUUUCACUAAUAGUUGUAUUUUUCACAAGGAAAAUGUGAUUACAAUUAUGUUUGAUGUAUCUGUACUACACUUUUCAUUAUUUUCAGUAAAUCUUAUUUAGUUGUAUAUUGAAUUUCUAUUGUGAAUUCUAUCUUGAGGUAACCGUUUUUGUUUAUACAGAUUUGCUUCAGUGUUAUCCAGAAUAUGCAUUCAGUACUAGAAUUAGUUUAGCUUUAUAAUGGGGUUGUGUUAGACACUGCUGUAAUUUUCCGAUUCAUGAAAAUAAAUUUCUUAUUAAACUA